AAGCACUUUGACCGUUUCUGCUGCUCAACACUUUCAGUUCGUGUCGGUCCGCGCUCCGAGACGGAGGCUCAAGCAGAAUCCCGGGACGAUUUGAUUUCGCUCUGUCGCUGAUCAGCAAUGAGUGCUGGAUUCUACCCUUCCUAGUAGUGCUUUUUUUUUCUAAGAACCUCUGGUUCGUGGUGUCGCUGCCAAAAAUCCGUGUGUGUGUCGCGAAAGUUGAAAGGAACUGUGAAUAUAUUGGCCUUUUUUGUCUAUUCACCAGAGAAGUGUUCAUUCAUUCGGAGGUCUUUUUAUCACACCCGAGCAUCGCGUGUACUUGAACCCCUUUUGCCCUGGUGAGAGGACUGGGUAAAAAUUUCUGCACACAAGAGGAGAAGAAGGAAUUAAUAAGAUCUCAUAUAAAUGUGAAGAGCAUCCAAGAAGGGAGACAGAAAAAAUUCGCCAGCCCGCGGAGGCAAAAAGGAGGCAAAAACGCAGUGUUAAGAUGUGGAAAAGUUCACAAAAACAGUGAUAGAAUCGCGAGUGAGAGAAAACAUCCCGCAAUUCCUUGAAUUUUCAUAUAUUAAAUCAACAAUCUCUGUGUCGCAUGUGGAAACAAUUUUGUGUGAAAAUGUCUCGGUGGCACAUUUUGCCCUUCCUCGUGCUCUUCCUGGUCACUUGUGGUCACACGUUGUCCAUCAAUAAGUCAAAGGGUGACGCGGAGCCCCCAACUGUCCCCACGGAAGUUCAGGGCUCCACCGAGAAGUUCACCAUUGAGCAGUUGCUCGCCACCAAAUUCCCACCCAAAAUCUCCGAUGAUAUCGACAUGGAUCCUUGCAAGUCAGUGGGCAACAUGGGAGACAUUGCGCUGCCGAACAUCAACUAUGAGAGCGAAUGGGAGGCACAGAGGCUCAACAAGUCCUUCCAGGAGGAGCUGGAGAAGCUGAAGCAGGAGGUGUACCACGAGGGACUGCAGGUGGAGGAGGAGGGCCUCACGGACAUCAUCAGGAAGAAGACAAAGCAGGCCCAGGAGACACUCACGCAGCCCUCAGCCACCGAUCCCAAAAACAACGACGUGGUGGACCACAAUGUGAAGGGUGGCAGCGGUGGCGCGAAGCUGAAGGAGAACCCCUUUCUGGCGCCCACAUCCACUACGGAAAUCAAUGGCAACAUCUCGGGCCCCUCGGACAUCCCCAACACCACAGAAGAGGUGGUGAAGAAGGGCGACGGUAAUGUGACACGGCACACGGAGUACGAUAAAAUACAGUCCAACAGCAAGGACAUUGUCAAUCACUCUGGCGAGCACAUUCAGCAGAGGAGGGUGACCGUUUCGCCAACCAACACACCCGCCGUCAGGUCCACCCUCGCCAAUCGCUUCAGCAAUGCUGGCGGUAAUGGUGGUCAUUUGGACGAUAUUGAGACAUUAACUGCAAACGGGGCAGUACGCAGGAGACACAGAAAACGCCGCCAGGGAAGGAAAUUCCACAGCGUAAUUGAUGAUUAUGAGGCGAGAUUUACGAGACUGAAGAAGGAGUUGGAUCGUCCUGUGAUAACGGCCGAGGAUUUCAAGAGCAAUCACCACAAGGAGAAUGAUUUGGAGCAGACAGGCAUUAUGACCACCACGACACCACUGCCGCCGCAGAAGAGCGACGAUGGGCUCGACCAGUACCAACACCAUCGCAUCACGCGCGCCGCCACGGCCAAGAAGGAGCGCAUCUGGGAUUAUGGAGUCAUUCCUUAUGAGAUUGACGGCAACUUUAGUGGCGCUCAUAAGGCGCUCUUCAAGCAAGCCAUGCGACACUGGGAAAAUUUCACGUGCAUCAAAUUCGUGGAGAGAACGUCUGAGCAUCCCAACUUUAUCGUCUUCACUGAGAGACCCUGUGGUUGCUGUUCGUUUGUGGGAAAGCGCGGGAAUGGCGCACAAGCCAUCUCGAUUGGGAAGAAUUGCGACAAAUUCGGCAUUGUCGUGCACGAAUUGGGUCACGUUGUGGGCUUCUGGCAUGAACACACGCGACCCGAUCGCGAGAAUCAUGUGGUGAUUGAAAAGACCAACAUCAUGUCCGGACAGGAGUACAAUUUCAAUAAAUUGACUGAGGAGGACGUGAAUUCGCUAGGACUGCCAUAUGACUAUGACUCCAUCAUGCAUUACGCCAGAAACACAUUCUCUAAAACCAAUUACUUGGACACAAUUCUGCCCAUUGAGGAGAAGGGCCGCAAGAUGCCGGAAAUUGGUCAACGCAUUCGACUAUCGGAGGGCGACAUAGCCCAGGCCAAUUUACUCUACAAAUGUGCAAAGUGUGGUCGGACAUUUCAAGAGAAUGCGGGUGCAUUCACGUCACCAAGCUACUACAGCAAAGUUCCACCCACGGAGCCCGAGCGCUGCGAGUGGCGCAUCACAGCCACGCAUGGCGAGAAGAUCGUGCUCAACAUCACCGACCUGGACAUCUUCAAGUCCAACAACUGCCGCACAGACUAUCUCGAGAUACGCGACGGCUACUGGCACAAAUCACCCAUCCUGGGACGCUUCUGCGGAUCAGGAAAGGUCAAUGAGCUGUUCAAGUCCAAUGGCAGCCGAAUGCUGCUGACCUACAUCACGACCCACCGCCAAGCGCGAUACAAGGGCUUCGCGGCACACUACGAGGCUGUCUGCGGUGGUGAACUGAAUCUGCAAUCCAGUGGUCAUCUGGAGUCACCAAACUAUCCGCUGGACUAUCUGCCGAACAAGGAGUGCAUCUGGAAGAUCACCGUGCCCGAGGACUACCAAGUGGCGCUGAAGUUCCAGUCAUUUGAGGUUGAGAAUCACGACACGUGCAUGUAUGAUUUUGUCGAGAUCAGGGAUGGAGAUCGCGCUGAUUCGAAGCUCAUCGGUGUCUUCUGUGGCUACAAAGUGCCGCCGGAUAUUCGAGCUAGUGGCAACAAACUGUUCGUGAAGUUCGUGUCGGACGGUUCGGUGCAGAAGGCGGGAUUCUCCGCCACGUACAUGAAAGAGAUCGACGAGUGUGAGGUUCUGGAUCAUGGAUGCCAGCAUGAGUGCAUCAACACCUUGGGCGGAUACGAGUGCAGCUGCCACAUUGGAUAUGAACUUCGUAGCGAUAAAAAGAUGUGCGAAAAUGCAUGCGGAGGAAUUCUCAACACUUUGAAUGGGACAAUCACAUCACCGUCCUUCCCCGAUGUCUAUCCCUUGUCCAAGGAUUGCGUGUGGGAGAUCCAGGCUCCACCACAAUACAGGAUCACACUGAAUUUCACUCACUUCGACCUCGAGGGCAACAAUUUCUUCCAGAUGGAGUGCGAAUAUGAUUCCUUAACCAUCUACUCAAAGAUGUCUGAAGACAAUCUCAAGCGCCACGGAACAUUCUGCGGAGGACGUUUGCCUCCAAUGAUCACAUCCGAGACAAAUGCGAUCAGGGUGGAAUUUUCUUCUGACAACACAGUGCAAAAGGGUGGCUUUGCUGCAGUCUUCUUCACCGAUAUCGAUGAAUGCGAGGUUAACAACGGAGGUUGCCAGCAUGAGUGCAAAAACACUAUAGGUUCCUACAUUUGCUCUUGCCACAACGGUUUCACACUCCACGACAACGGUCAUGACUGCAAGGAGGGCGGAUGCAAGCACGAGAUCACCUCGCCAAGCGGCCAGAUCUUCAGUCCCAACUAUCCCGAGUAUUAUCCGGCCAAGAAAGACUGCGUGUGGCACUUCACCACGACUCCUGGACAUCGAAUCAAGCUGCUCUUCAACAGCUUCGAAGUGGAGCCACAUCAGGAGUGCGCCUACGAUCACAUUGCCGUCUACGACGGUGACAAUCCCGACUCCAGCACUCUGGGCAGGUUCUGUGGAUCCAAGACUCCUCAUCCCAUUUCAUCCACAUCCAACGAACUUCUACUCCUAUUCAAAUCGGACUCGAGUGUCCAGCGCAAGGGCUUCGUUGCCAGUCACUCCACUGCUUGCGGAGGACAUCUUCAGGCCACCAGCAAGGUGAAGCACUUCUACAGCCACUCAAAGUUCGGGGACAACGAUUACGACAACAGGGCCGAUUGCGACUGGACCAUCGAAGCGGAGCCUGGGAAGAAUGUUCAGCUCACUUUCCUCACAUUCGAACUGGAGAAUGAAGAAGCGUGUUCGUACGAUUUCGUGGAAGUCUACGGCGGUCUGGACGAUAACAGCGGGCCUCUCUACGGAACCUAUUGCGGAAAUCUGAAUCCUCCGGACAUCAUUUCCAUGAAUGAAGCUUUGCUUGUGCGCUUCCGAACAGACGACAACAUCGUAUUCAAAGGAUUCUCAGCCUCCUACGUGUCUGUGAUGCCCUAUGAUGAUGACAAUGAUGAGGAGAUGAGCUCAGACAGCUCAGAGAUGAUGACGCCAUUCCCGGGCUCCCUCAAGAGUAUCUACAAGACGACUCUGCUGGAGAGCGAAGGCGAUAAUGAGGAAGAGGAGGAUUUGAGCAUCACCACAAUCAAAUACAACACUUCAGUUCCCAUCUUGAACAGAUUCUCAGCAUCGCAGGAGAGAAACCGCGUCCCCAACACCAUAUCAGCGUCCUCAGAGGCACUCGAUUAA